UAGAAUUUGCAGAACUCACAACUUCCGGUCUCUUCCGACUCCAGUGAAACAAACACACAUUUUAAAUAUUCACCCAUAAUUAGAAACUAAUAAGAGCGCGUAGGUGAUUUCAAAUUACAAUUCUACGCUCCAAAUGCUUAUCAGAUGUGCUCGUCCUUACCACAUCCACCCAAUGCUCAAAAGAUGCGUAAGCGCAGCUCCGCGCAGGGACUCCUACUACUACUCUCGUCUCCUCCAAUCGCACUCCGAUCCCGACCCCCUCGCCCAAAUCCACGCCCAAAUCACCAUCUCCGGGCUCGCCCAUAACCCUUUUUUGGCCUCCAAGCUCGUGAGCCGCUACGCGGGGCUCGGCCCCCGCGGCGUCGGCGACGCACGCAAGGUGUUCGACCGCGCGCCCCAGAGAGACGUGCUCCUCUGGAACGUCAUGAUCCGCGGCUGCGCCAAUUCCGGGCCGCACGCCGAAGCCGUCGCAAUCUUCGCCCGCAUGCGCCGGGGCUCCGUCACCGCGAAUUGUUAUACCUACCCGUUUGUGCUCAAAGCUUGCGCGGCGCUCGACGACGAGCGCUUCGGCAAAUCGGUCCAUGCCAAUGUCGUGAGAAUCGGGAUUGACCGGAAUAUCUUUGUGGGCAAUGCGUUGGUCGCGUUCUACGCGAAAGGCAGCGAGGUCGAGAUGGCGAGGAAGGUGUUCGAUGAAAUGUGUGUAAAAGAUCUCGUUACGUGGAAUUCGAUGAUCGCGGGCUACGCUCAGAAUGAUCACGCAAGCGAAGCCGUUGAGCUUCUCCAUGGGAUGUUACAGAAUGAUUUAGUUUACGAGCCCGACCGUGUAACGCUUGUGGCUGUUCUUCCUGCAUUCUCCGCAUUGGCGGCUGCACAGGAAGGUUUAUGGGCUCACUCCUAUGCAGUAAAGAGAGGUAUAGAAAUGGACGCCAACUUGGGCAGUGGAUUCAUUAGUUUGUAUGCAAAUUGUGGUUGCUUGGACACCGCCCGCCAGGUAUUCGACCGGAUUCCCAAACCAAAUCUUGUUGUGUAUAACACGAUGAUUCAGGCUUAUGGGAACCAUGGGCAUGCUUCGGAAGCACUUGAGGUGUUUGAUGAGAUGCUACAAAGAGGUGUCGCCCCGGACGACAUAUGUUUCGUUUGCGUGCUCUCGGCUUGUAGUCACGCGGGGCUGGUUGACAAGGGUUUUGAGAUAUUUGAAAUGAUGGAAAACUAUGGAGUAGAGAAGGGACAAGUUCAUUUCGCCUGCAUGGUGGACCUAUUAGGCCGAGCGGGCCAAUUGGGUCGGGGAUUGGAGCUCAUCAGGAACAUGCCGUUCAAGCCGGAGAAGGAUGUGUGGGGUGCGUUAUUGGGCGCUUGUAGGAUAAACAACAAUAUAGAGCUUGCGGAGGAGGCGGCCAAUCGGUUAUUUCUUCUCGACCCGGACAAUGCAGGGCGGUACGCUGCGUUGGCUAAGAUGUACGAGGAUGUAGGGAGGUGGGAGGACGCAGCAAGGGUGAGGAAGGCGAUGAGGGAUAGAGGUGUGAAAAAGCCGCUUGGGUGUAGCAUGGUGGAGGUGGAUGCGGAGGUACAUGCGUUCGGCGUGGAAGAUGAGUCGCAUCCGAUGGCGGGAGUGAUUUUUGACGUGUUAGAGCAGCUGCAGAGGGUGGCUGAGGAAGAAGAAGUGGCUCUAAUGGUUUAAUGGGUUUGAGUGGAACCAAUUGUGCAAUUUGGGUGGUAUUUUCGCAAGUGAACAAAAUAGUUUAGUAGGGGUGAAGUGUGGUGAUAUGAAAUUUGCACGAGGAAUAAUUUUUGGUGCUUUUGUUGAUCGAACUACACGUUUUUGAGAAGCUUGGAGAUUUGAGGACUGCAAAGGAUACAGAAUUAGGAGCUUGAAAAUACGAUGGAUGACAUAUGGGAGAAAUUACGAGGAGUUGCUGUCCGAAGCUGUAAAGCAGCCUCAAGGAAGCUUUUUCUGUGGGAUACUGGGCUCUUGAUCUGGUGAAGGAUAAGGGUGUUUGUAUCUGAGGUUGCAGUUUUGGCACGUAUGUAAGUUACUCCUCAUCCAUUCAUAUGCCUCUCAUCUCCCCCAUUAGAAGAAAAUCCACCGUUGGAUUUGGAAAUUUCUCGAGAAAUUAUUGCAUGCACCCAAUGCACCGUGCACCGCAACCUCAAAAAAAAAAAAAAAAAAAAAAAAUCCUAUCAUAAGGUUCUCAAAACCGGAUUUGAUUUGUUUGAAUGUCUCCUUCAGCUAUUGUGGAUCAUAUUUAUUAGAUUAGAUAUUCACUUUAGGUAUAAUAUAUAAUAUAUCUCUCAAAACUUCUACAAUAUCUUUUAUACUCCUACUUUUUUUUUUUCAAAUAUAUCCCUUAUAUAUUUUCUUCAUUAUUCAAAAAUAACCCAGAGGUUAAACCUAGGUUAAAUUUUUAUCGGAGUUAAAAAGACGUCAAAGUAUCUCUUUUGCCUCUAAUUUAGGACAAAUAAGAAAAGUUGAUGACGAUAGAAAGAUAUAUUUGAAAAGGCAAAAAAUCAAAACACUUCUUUUCCCCCAACUUAAAGACAAAUAAGAAAAGCUGGCAGCAGUAGAAGGGUAUAUAUGAAAGAACAAAAUAGUAAUUUUACAGAGAUAACGGUUGUUCCUAACCCUAGGGAUAUAUUUGAAAUAACUUGGAAACGUUAAAAGAGUAUUUUUAAUAUUAGCCUUUUAAAAGGGAUAAAUAAGAAAGUCGGAAACCUAUUACCCCUUAAUUUAAACACAUUUAUUAUAAAGUAGUAAAAGAAGGUGCAUGAUGCUCAAGGUGCAAGUAAUAUUUUGUCUUUCUCAGGGGGGGCUCUUAACCAAAUAUCAUCUCAUCCUAUCCCACCAAUAGUAGGCCACCAGAAGAUAAGACCCCAUUUCCCUGCCACCCAUUUAUCCAAGCCUUUUCUUUCUCCCUUCCAUUUGAAUCAACCACAAUAUCUCCAACAUUAUAUAUAUACACCCACUCUCGUUCCACUCUUUUAGCCCCAGGAAAAAAAAAAAAGGAAUUUGUAGAAGUGGCACAAA